GGGGAGGUUAAAAAUUGCUGAUUUUGGGUGGUCAGUGCAGUCAAGUAACAAGAGGAAAACAAUGUGUGGGACGUUGGAUUACUUAGCACCUGAGAAGGUUGAAAACAGAGAUCACGUUCAUGCUGUUGAUAACUGGACUUUAGGGAUACUUUGUUACGAGUUUCUCUAUGGUAACCCUCUAUUUGAAGCCGAGAGUCAGAAGGAUACAUUCAAGAGAAUUGUUAAGAUUAAUCUGAGUUUUCCUCCUCAGCCAAAUGUCUCUGCAGAAGCUAGAAAUUUAAUCAGUCAGCUUCUUGUAAAGGAUCCUUCGAAAAGACUCUCUCUCUUACGAGGAUAAUGCAACACCCGUGGAUCGUCAAGAACGCAGAUCCUAAAGGUGUGUGCCUCAUUUGAUGAUAUUCUCUCAAUCUCUGGACAAGUGGCUUAUAUGUAAGCACACUAAUACUUUUUCAACUUGGUAAACACUGUAACUAUAAAAUAGAUUCUUUUUUUCAAGUAAGAAGCAAA